GACCGCAGUGUUUGCUUCCUCUGAGGGUGAAAGGAGACUUCUAUUUUCCCAGCGUUCCCAGGACUCGUAGGAGCUGCCGUCGUGCCGCUGCGGACAUGAAACAGGGAGCAGCUUCCCGCUGAGUCAGGCCAGAGCACCGGGACGCAGAGGAUCCAGUUUUUUUGUGUCUCUCUGGGAGUUUUUCACCUCUGGAGCUUCUGCAACACAGAGCUGGGACAGAGCUGACGGUGCCAGGGAGGGCUGUUUGUGAGACGAGGCAAUGUCAGGCACGGCGAAAAAGAGCUCGGGAAGACCGUCCUAUUACUACCGGCUGCUGGGCCGCACCAGGCUGCAGAGGCAACGCAGCAGGUCCCGCAGCAGAACCCGACCCGCCGCCCGGGACUCCCCCCCAGAGCGCUCCGGCCGGCGGCGCAGCAUGCCUGGCAGUGCUACAGACAAGACCCCCACCAUGGAGCCUGCCACAUCCACACCUUUCAGGGUAACGGGGUUCCUGAGCCGGAGGCUGAAGGGCUCCAUCAAACGCACCAAAAGCCAGCCCAAGCUCGACCGCAACAGCAGCUUCCGGCACAUUCUGCCCAGCUUCAGGAGCAUCGACAAUGAGAGAUCACAUCUGAUGCCGAGGCUGAAGGAAUCGCGGUCUCACGAGUCGCUACUCAGCCCCAGCAGUGCCGUGGAAGCCCUGGAUCUCAGCAUGGAGGAGGAAGUGCUCAUCAAGCCUGUGCACAGCAGCAUUCUGGGACAGGACUACUGCUUUGAGGUGACCACCUCAACUGGAAGCAAAUGUUUCUCUUGUCGAUCAUCAGCGGAGAGAGAUAAGUGGAUGGAGAAUCUGAGGAGAGCAGUACACCCCAAUAAGGACAACAGCCGGCGUGUGGAGAACAUGCUGAAGCUGUGGAUCAUCGAGGCCAAGGACCUGCCAGCCAAGAAGAAGUACUUCUGCGAGCUGUGUCUGGACGACACCCUGUACGCACGGACUACCUGCAAGCUCAAGACGGACAACGUGUUCUGGGGCGAGCACUUUGAGUUCAACAACCUGCCCGCCGUCAAGAGCGUGACGGUGCACCUCUACAAGGAGACGGACAAGAAGAAGAAGAAGGACAAGAACAACUACGUGGGUCUGGUGAACAUCCCCGUCACCUCGGUGACCGGCCGGCAGUUUGUGGAGAAGUGGUACCCGGUCAGCACGCCCAACCCCACCAAGGGGAAGACGCCGGGGCCCAUGAUCCGGAUCAAGUCCCGCUACCAGAGCAUGAGCAUCCUGCCCAUGGAGAUGUACAAGGAGUUCGCCGAGUACACCACCAACAACUACAUGCUGCUGUGCUCCGUGCUGGAGCCGGCGCUCAGCGUGAAGAACAAGGAGGAGAUGGCCAGUGCGCUGGUGCACAUCCUGCAGAGCACUGGCAAGGCUAAGGACUUCUUGACGGAUCUGAUGAUGUCCGAGGUGGACAGGUGCGGGGAGAACGAGCACCUCAUCUUCCGGGAGAACACUCUAGCCACCAAGGCCAUCGAGGAGUACCUGAAACUGGUGGGCCAGAAAUACCUUCAGGAUGCGCUGGGUGAAUUCAUCAAGGCCCUGUAUGAGUCAGAUGAGAACUGCGAGGUAGACCCUUCCAAGUGUUCCGCAGGGGACCUGCUGGAGCACCAGAGCAACCUGAAGAUGUGCUGCGAGCUGGCCUUCUGCAAGAUCAUCAACUCAUACUGUGUUUUCCCACGUGAGCUGAAGGAGGUGUUCGCGUCAUGGCGACAGGAGUGCAGUAACCGGGGGAGACCGGACAUCAGCGAGCGGCUGAUCAGCGCCUCGCUGUUCCUGCGCUUCCUGUGUCCGGCCAUCAUGUCCCCCUCGCUGUUCAACCUGAUGCAGGAGUACCCCGACGACCGCACCGCCCGCACCCUCACGCUCAUCGCCAAGGUCACCCAGAACCUGGCCAACUUCGCCAAGUUUGGCAGCAAGGAAGAGUACAUGUCCUUCAUGAACCAGUUCCUGGAGCACGAGUGGACCAACAUGCAACGCUUCCUGCUGGAGAUCUCCAACCCAGAGACCAUCUCCAACACGGCUGGUUUCGAGGGCUACAUUGACCUGGGCCGAGAGCUGUCCACCCUGCAUUCUCUCCUGUCCGAGGUUGUGUCUCAGCUGGAGCAGAGCACAGCCUCCAAGCUGGGCCCGCUGCCUCGUAUCCUGCGGGAAGUGAGCACGGCGCUGACCAACCCCUCCAGCGUCCAGAUGUCCCUGCCCACCGAGCGUGUGGCGUCCCCGCCCGGGGCCAGCUGCAGCAUCUCCACUGGCCUGCAGAAGAUGGUCAUCGACAACGAGCUGUCUGGGUUGGUCGACUUCACACGCUUGCCGUCCCCGACCCCUGAAAACAAGGACCUGUUCUUCGUGACGCGGAAUUCAGGGGUGCAGCAGUCUCCCGCCCGCAGCUCCAGCUACUCGGAGGCCAACGAGCCCAACAUGCAGAUGCCCAACGGCAGCAAGAGCCUGUCCAUGGUGGACCUGCAGGUGGACCUCCAGGUGGACCUCCCCAACACCUCCGUCGGCGACGCCCUCAACGACAGCCAGUCGCCCAUCGGCCCCGUGGGCGGCGGGGUGUGGUCCGCCCGGACGCCCCAGGGCAACACCACUACCAUGGGGCCCACCCUGCGGAGGGCGGGGCAGACCCCCACCACGCCCAGCGCGGAGAACGUUCCGGGCCGGCCGCAGCUGCUGGCGCCCCUGUCCUUCCAGAACCCGGUGUACCAGAUGGCGGCGGGGCUGCCGGUCUCGCCGCGCGGCGUGGGCGACUCCGGGUCCGAGUGCCACAGCUCGGUGAGCUCCCAGAGCAACAACGAGGACGGGGCGGCGGUCAAGCACGGCUUCCUCAACCACGGCGGGGGCGGGGGCGGGGGCAGCAGCGGGGAGGACUUCGCGCGCCGCUCCGGAGAGUACACCCGCCGGCAGAUAUCCCUCACCGAGGCCCAGCACCAGCCCACCGUGCCGCGGCAGAACAGUGCCGGGCCCCCGCAGCGGCGGAUAGACCAGCCCCCGCCGCCCACCGUCACCCGGGGCCGCACCCCGCCCAACCUGCUCAACACCGCGCCCUACCCCCGGCCCUCCAGCGGCAGCAUGAUGUCGUCCUCUCCCGAUUGGCCGGGCAGCGGGGCGCGUCUCCGCCAGCAGUCCUCCUCCUCCAAGGGGGACAGUCCCGAAACGAAACAGCGCGCCCAGCACAAACAGGCCCCCUCCCCAGUGAACCCCCAUGCUCUGGACCGCACCGCCGCCUGGCUUUUGAAUAUGAAUGUGCCGUAUUUAGAUCACGAGGGAAUUGACCCAGAUUCCAAACACAGGGACGACCUCAGAAACGCAGAGGAGCUCACUCAGAUCGAAAAGUACCAGCAGGAGAUCGCCAUCCUGCAGGAGAAGCUGCGGCUCUCGGCCCAGAAGCUGGAGGAGUACGAGUCCAGGCUGAAGGGGCAGGACGACCAGGCCCAGAAGAUGCUGAUGGAGUACCAGGCCCGGCUGGAGGAGUCCGAGGAGAGGCUGCGCCGGCAGCAGGACGACAAGGAGCUGCAGAUGAAGGGCAUCAUCAGCAGGUUAAUGUCCGUGGAGGAGGAGCUGAAGAAGGACCACUCAGACAUGCAGGCGGUGGUGGACUCCAAGCAGAAGAUCAUUGAGGCCCAGGAGAAACGCAUCGCCUCCCUGGACGCGGCCAACGCCCGCCUCAUGAGCGCGCUCACGCAGCUGAAGGAGCGCUACAGCAUGCAGACACGCAACGGCAUCUCCCCCACCAACCCCUCCAAGCUGCAGAUCACCGAGAACGGAGAGUUCAGGAACAGCAGCAACUGCUAGUGUG